UGCAGGCAGCGGGACCAUGGUAUAAAAGCCUAUAGAACACAAGCCCCUUCCAUCCUCUUCUCUUGCCUUAUUCUCCCGGGUGAACAGCCCUGCCUCUGCCCCAGAACUAUGUCCUCCUACGAGCUGUGUCCCCCCGGCCCCUGCGGCCCCACCCCGCUGGCCAACAGCUGCGCCGAGCCCUGCGUGCGGCAGUGCCAGGACUCCACCGUGCUCAUCCAGCCCCCGGCCGUGGUGGUGACCCUGCCCGGGCCCAUCCUGAGCUCCUUCCCCCAGAGCACGGCCGUGGGCUCCUCGGCCUCGGCCGCCCUGGGCAGCUCCCUGGGCUCCGAGGGGGUUCCCGUCUCCUCCGGGGGCUCCUCGGGGUGGGGGGCCUGGGGGUCCGUCCGGCCCUCGCGGCGCCCCAACCCCUCCAGGGGUGGCUUUGGGGAGCCCUGCUAA